AAAUAACUUUUUUGGUGGUGCGCGCUCCGUGUGUGCUUGCUGCUGCAGGUGGUGUGUGCUUCUGCUCGUCAAGGUGUAAGUACGAACGGCUCUAAAAUGGCCGCCGUAGAGGCUGAAGGCUUCACUAUCAAGGCUGGCAUGAAAAAUUCUAAGGUGAAGAGCCCACCAAAGGCUGGGGCCUUCAAGGAGAGACCUGCCAAGCCCACCUCAUUCAGAAAGUUCUAUGAUCGUGGGGACUUCCCCAUUGCACUGGAGCAUGACACAAAGGGCAACAAGAUUGCAUGGAAGGUGGAGAUAGAGAAGCUGGACUACCAUCACUACUUACCCCUGUUCUUUGAUGGAAUGUGUGAGACCACUCAUCCCUACGAGUUCUUUGCCAGGCAGGGGGUCCACGACAUGCUGGAGCACGGUGGCUCCAAGAUACUGCCUGUCAUUCCCCAGCUCAUCAUCCCCAUCAAGAAUGCCCUCCACACCAGGAACCCCCGAGUCAUCUGCACCACACUGAAGGUCCUCCAGCAUCUGGUGGUGUCGGCUGAGAUGGUGGGAGAGGCCAUGGUCCCCUACUACCGACAGAUCCUUCCCAUCCUCAACAUCUACAAGAACAAGAACCGUGAGUUGCACCUCUAGUGGCUGCGAUGCGAGACCAUAAUUAUGCUGAAAGUGACUAAAGGAGUAAAUUUGUG